UAAAUUAAUAAGAAGAAGAAGAGUUUUCAUAGAGGGCCGCAGAAACAAAAAAAGCUUGAAAAAUGGACGAACUAGCGGUGGAAGUUUGUGGCGAAAAUGGAGCAUAUUAUAAGGGUGUUGUCACAGACGUCUUCGACGAUGGAGUCAAGGUUGCUUUCGAAGAGGACUGGCAGGAAGAAUCGAAAUUCCACUUCAAUCUCGUACGUUUCCCACCCGCCGAAGCCACUACCCUGCCCCAAUUGACAGAAGGAAUGGAAGUUGAGGUGUACUCGCGAUCCAACGAACGGGAGGCAUGUGGGUGGUGGAUGGCAUCGAUAAAGAUGAUCAAGGGGACGUUCCACGUGGUGGAAUACCUUGGGUGGGAUCACAGUUACACAGAAAUUGUGCCUGCCGAACGUCUGAGAAUGAAGAACACAAACCCGCCCAUCAAUGCCAAAACAUUUCAUCGAUUUGAAAUUGAUGUGCCGGAAGAUCUUAGGGAAUAUGCCAAAGUUGAGGGUGUAGACAAGGAAUUUCAGAAAGCCGUACGCGCACUUGUUUGCCGAUACAUCCCCGACCGUGGUACCUACAAGUUCAUCUCGAAGAAUGAGAUGUCACAGAAGAGGGCCCUAAUGAUGCAGGACAUGCACUUCCGGAAUCUGAGUCAAAAGAUAACACUGCUUAAACGAACGGAAGAAGCUGCAAGACAACUGGAAUCAACUAAAUUACACAAUACUGGAGGAUAUUCGGAUGAAUUCAGAGUACGUGAAGAUUUGAUGGGUCUUGCGAUUGGAGCACACGGUACUAAUAUUCAGACAGCUCGAAAAUUGGAUGGUGUUCUUCAUGUGGAGCUCGAGGAGAAUACGUGUACAUUUAAGAUAUUUGGCGAUUCGGACGAGGCUGUUAAGAAGGCACGAUCACUGUUGGAAUAUAGCGAAGAAUCCAUCCAAGUACCGCGUAGUCUAGUUGGGAAGGUGAUUGGGAAGAAUGGGCGCAUCAUCCAGGAGAUUGUGGACAAGAGUGGCGUUGUACGAGUGAAAUAUUCACAGAUUGCGGGGGACAAUGACACGCAGCAGAGUAUCCCCCGAGAGGAAGGCCAAGUUCCUUUUGUCUUCGUUGGCAUUGUGGAGAAUAUUGCCAAUGCAAAGGUCCUUCUGGAGUAUCACUUGCAGCAUCUAAAGGAAGUCGAACAACUACGCCACGAAAAAUUGGAGAUUGAUCAACAAUUGCGUGCACUACAGGGCUCAUCGAUGGGCUCAAUGCAAAAUUAUCCAUCAUCUCGGCGUUCAGAUCGUGGCUAUAGCAGUGAUAUGGAUUCAAUGAAUCGUUCAGGACGUGGAGCACCACGUGGUGGACGAAUGCGUGGUCGUGGGAAUUCACGUUAUCAUCCAUCUGGUAAUAAUGAUUUCCCCCGAAAGUUAGCAAAUGAUGACAUUAGUAAUGCAAAGAGUGAUGAUUUUGGCCCAUCUGGCAAAGUACCAAUGCAUCAGGCUCAAUAUCACGGGAAUUUCAAGGAGGAACGCAAAAUGCCACCAAAUGGGGCAAAUGUACGCACACGCAAUGGUCCAAUUGGUGGUGAUCGUAAGAAAGCGGCAACACAGAGGAAUCAGGGAAAUUUUGGGGCUUCCAAUGCGUACAAAGGUGAUGGUGGUGAUAUUGAGCCUAAUGAUGGUGGUACGGUGGAAAGUUUAAAGUUCGAGAAAGCAUCGAGAAAUUCCAGUCGUAGUGACAGGAAAGGUCGUCCAGACUCAAGACGCCGCGAGAACACUGAUGACGACUAUCACUCACGUGGUGAUCACAAACGCAACUACAUGGAUGGAAGUGGUGCUGAGGGUAGUAGCCGAAGCGGUGGUGCUGGUAGCAGCCGUGGCGGGAGUGGAUUUGAACGGGGUGAUCGUCGUGGAGGACGUGGUGGAAAUGAUCGUAGGCCCGGUGAUGGGAGGCGGGAUCCUCCGGACUAUGGGGCAAGCCGAAAUGACACGUUCCACCAUCAGCAGAAUCACGAGGAAGUGCGAGAGAGUCGGGACGUGAGCAGUGUUGAUCGAGAUAGUCAAUCGUCGACAGAAGGUGGCGGUGUAAAUAAUCGACGACGACGUCGCCAGAAGAAUGCGGCGCAUCCAACGAAUGGUAUUGGCAACAAAGCGAAUAACAUGAAUACGGGCUCAAUGAGUACUACAAGCACCGGCGAUGGUACUGAGAAGGCACAGGGUGGUGCCCCAGGAGGAGGUGCUGCCCAAAGUGGUGGAAGUGGUGGUACAAAUGCCGUGCCAGUUGGUGGUGGUGGGAAUCCCAAUCCCAAAGGACAACGAGAGCCCCGGAAUCGCCGUGGAGUUGGUGGGAGUAAGCACCAAUCAAAGGGUGGUGCAAGUGCAGGUGGUGGUGCACCACCAAAUGCUAGUGGUGAUGAUCUCUCUGCGGCUCCCAAGUCUGCUGCCCCGGAGUCGAAUCACAUUAUCAAUGGUGCUGCUUAAAAAAAAGAAAAAUUAAAAAUUGAAAAAAGGCACCAUAAACAUGACACACAAAUACAUACACACAGCACAUACGAACCGUGGCAGAAGAUUUAUGAAAAAAAACUGAGAGAGUGAGAGAGAGAAAAAAUAACUACUGGCGAUGAAAAUAUCUAUGAUACGCAAAUAGGAAAUGGACGAUAUCUAUCACCAUAAAUAUUUCGACUUAAUGAAUUACCGAAUUUGAGACACUUGAUCUUUAUCCGAAAUUUGCAAAAAUUGUUGUACAAUGAUGCAAAAAAAAAAAUGAAAAGCAAGACAUCAUGCUUUGGACUUUAUUAUUUUCUUUCUAUAUACGAAUUUUCCAAUUUCUUUUUUUUUUGUUCAUGAAAAAUGUAAGUAACUAUAUUAUGUGAAAGCCAGAUGAAUUUUUGGAUAUAAUUUUUUUUUAUGUUUACAUUUUUCCCAAUAAGAGAAAAUUUCUACAAUUUUUUCCUCUAUAAAAAAUAAUGUAAUAUUAUUAAAUUGCGCGGGAGAUUUGGCUCAAAAUGGAGUUCAAAUGUCAUUGUGAAAAAAAAUUGCUUGCAACAUAAAUUCAAAAUUAAAAAAAAAUAACUUUAUAAAAUAUUAAAAAAAAAAAGAAUAUCAAAUGCAUGAAACUGCAAUUGAGAGCAGCUUCAAACAAAAAAUAAUCAACAUAGAAAAUGAUGUGGUUUUGUAAUACACACAAACUUUGAGCAAAGAAAGUAAAAUAAAAAAAAAAACAGCGGGAUUAUAAAAAAAA